UUGUCUUAGAGCAUCAUGGCAUGCGUGUGUAUGUCCGUCUGGUCAGUGCCCAUCUAACUCGCGUACUCCUGUCUUUCCAACCACUAGCAACCACUAGCACUUGUCGCAUUUGCCGCAGCCCCCAUGCACUUCAAGCACCGGCUGCCCGUCCUCGUUGACGACCUCGUCCAUGUCAUUAUUGAAAGCGACGACCACUGGUGGCCACGAGAUUUCCAGCGGCUUGCGCUCAUUUCCUCAGCAUGGCUCACUCCUGUCAGAAAGCGACUGUAUGCGACGCCAUCUCUGCGGUCGUUUCGCGCAUGCAAGCUCUUCGCCCGGACCCUUAGCGAGAACACUACCCUGCUCUCGUACCUCCGAGGACUGGACCUCCGGCCGAUCGCGGAUGGUCGACGCCUCCUCGAUGCAGAAGAGAUGCAGAGCUUGAGGUUCAUCCUUGCGCUCAAGGGGCUGCAGGCCAUCGCCUUUGGCGGGGACUUAGCUGUCUCAGCCGAGCGGUUCAUCCACGUCAUGGUCGAUACUCAUGCGAUUACGACGCUUCACAUCGACGGCUACAGCUCUUCAGAUGGCCAUGCAUUGUCCACUGUUCACAGGCUCCCCUCACUCGAAUGGGACGACGUAGUAGCAUUCAGAUUCCCCCACCUCCGGCAGCUUACCUUGAGCAAUCUCGCACUCACGAUACACCCUCCUACUUUGGAGCGUCCAAGCGUUAUGACCCGUCUCACGCUCAGCAACGUGGACAUCGUCGACGGGUUCCUUCCCGACCUGUGUUCGGCAGCUUGGGAUUCACUACGCGUCCUCAAAGUCGUCGGGAAGUCGGCCGUCGACAUGGAUGACCAUAUCAUCUCUAUGUUAGAGGCGUGUCCCGGCCUCGAAGAGCUUCACUACGCCGCAACGGACAUGUCGACCCAGCCGUCUAUUUUUGACGAAGAGGCUCCGACCUGCCCGAACCUCCAGAUUCUCAGCGUCUCUGGGUUUGAUGUCAACCCGCAGACGUUGGACGCGAUCGCCCGGGCCUGCCCAAAGCUCGCGGAGCUUGCAAUCCUUGGGCGUAUCAUCCGCAUCGCUCCAGACGAAUGGACGUUGUACGUCCAGUCUGCCAAGCUCCCAUGCCUUCGGCGACUUGUCACCCCUGCCGGUACCAACCUACCACCCUUUACUUUCUGGUCACCGGAUCAACGUGGUGCUCUGCAGCACGCCUGUCAAUCUCGGGGGAUACAAUUGGGUUCUGGGACAGUCGAAAUCCACUCUUACGCCCUAUGUUGA